GCCUUCGUCUGAUAAAAGAAUAUACGCAGCAUCCCGGGAAACCCUGGCCAGAUAUGCAGAGUGUUUCACUUACUUGGCCGAACGCUUCGGGGUCGAUGAAAAGAUGGUGCGGACUGAUUUCGUUAGGGGACUGUCCGAUUCUCGCUUGCGAAAGAAGAUCCGCAAGAAAUGCAACCCGAUAGAACACACCCUGACUGAGCUCAUUCAGUAUGCCAUUAAGUACGGAAAGGAAAAUUACGAUGUAGGUCUGGAUUCGGAGUCCGACAAAGACGACCCUUCGGGUGUCCGACGCCAUAGCUACUCCGCUACGGCGCGAAUGUUCGAGGAUCGCUUCGGGUUAGGCCCGGCGAAGAAGAAUUCGGAUCGGAAAAUUUCGUCUUCCGCGUCGACCUCCCGACGCUCUGGUCAAGCUCAAGGAGGCCGGGAAGAGGACGGAAUUUCAAUGAAAGAGGUCGUGGCCCAGCUGGUCACGGUAGUGGCCCCACUGACGGAAUUCGCUCAAAACUUGCAGCGGCCACGGGUGGCAGCUGCGCAACGACAGCAAACUGCCAUGGCCGCCGGUACCCCUAUGACCCGACCAGAUGCAGCAGGAACCGCCCAGCCUCUGCGGUGCUACAACUGCAAUCAGCCGGGCCACCUUACGAAGGACUGUCCGAAACCUCGAACUCAGAAUGGGCCCGCGGGGCCCACCGGACCUUCCCAAAUCCCGUUAGCUGCUCUAACCGCUGCAGGACAAGGGAGGGUAGCCAUGGUGAUGGAUACUGGAACAACGGAAAUGCUGACCCCUGUGGCCACCGAGAUAGGACCCGAUGAGUAUAUGGUUGUGGCGAUGUUCGAACCCGGGACCAUUGGAGUGAUACGUCACGUCCAAAGGAUUAUCGAGGAAAGCGACCUCGGGCAUUGGCGGUCGGGGUUCGAAGAUCUCACGGCUCCUGGACCUGAGUACAAAGACGGUCACAUCGACGUGUUGGAUGCAUUGAAGGCUCUGGAUCUACGGAUCCCCGUCCCUAUUCCCUAUCUGCUAACCAUUUCCGAAGCGGCUAACGAAAAGUUGAUGGAACGAUGCCUCAAGAACAGGCGCCGAUUCGAGGAAAGUCGAAAGGGCAAAAAGUCGGUCCUACGGGACCUACCCACAAACGAAGAGUCACAGCCCUCGACCUCAAAGGUGCACGAAGCAAACUGGGUAGGAAUGAUCCAGACCGUAGAUCCUGCCUCAGAGAAACCUGAGGCGAUAUCGGCGGUGCUGACUCAGCAAGGAACGGAUGGAAGGGAGCACGUCAUCGAGUAUGCGUCGAAAAUGCUAAGCCAGGCGCAGUCAAACUACGAGGCGUGCAAGGACCACUGCAUCGGGGAGCACUUCGUCGUUUAUUACGUCAUCACGCGGCGCAAGCCAGCGCAGAAGGAGGGGACGGUGGCGUUGUACCCAUUUGCCCAGCUCCAGACGACCGAUCCGGGAUUGUUGGAGCUCAUACAUCUUGAGCUCCUAUCCAUUGCGCAAGUGAUUGCAAGCGAGGAAGAGGAGAUCCAGCCACGAUUGCGGACGGCGGCUGCCCCGCGGAGAACGUACAACGCGGUCGUCAUCGCGGAUUACAUUGCGCAGCGCGAGGAGAGGUUGGAGGACUUCCCUGAGGAAAAGCCGCUGCGACCUCCCUCAUCGUAUCCCAGACCGGCGCCGCCAAAGGCCCCCAAGAAGACACCGAAGAGGAAGAGACGCCACCCAUCGCCAGGAGCGCAAGGUAGCCGAAUCGGUGGCGGCGAGGAGGUGGUUCAGCCCGUGCACGCGCGGAAUCCCGACCUUGUGCCUGAGAGUGCGGCGACUCUGGGUAAGGAGGCUGUCGUGCCAUUGCCGCCCCUCCCACGCGUGCCCGAUCUCAAUCUCGAUGGAGUCGGGCCAUCAGCCGCAGCAGCCGGAGGAGGAAGGUGAAUGGGAUUACCGGAUCCCGUACCCAGACCCCCCGUCCUCGCGGGACCUUUCCGCUUCCGCCAGCCACCCCAGAGUGCCCCGAUCAU